UACCGAUUCCUCAAUCAAUGGACGUGCAGGGCCGACCACUAAAAUAUUAAAAUUUCAUUUUAUCCCCAUUGUUGAGCACAACUUAGCAGAAACUAGAAGCAGAGCAUGGGAAGCCUAGGCUGUUUAUCCCUAUCCUUGAGCACUACCACCACUAGCAGGUGCCGCAAGCUUACCGUUUUGGCAACUCCAUCUGAGAGCCCAACUCAAGCACCUGAUUCUCCGACCCCUCCAACUCCAAAAAAGUCCAAUCUUGCUGGUUUUGGUGGGGUACGGUCGAGUAGAAAUGGAGCAGUAAAGACACCGAAGCAAAGGCAACCAUCCAUUGCGGAGGUCGAAAGGGCUAUUGGCGCCGGAAUCUUCCGUGAUGACGGCAGCCCUACAACCAGGGACUCAAGUGAAAGCUCCACGAUAUUGGACAUGUUCUUGUCGACCAAAACUAGCCGGCCUGAAGGAUCUGUGGAGAAGAAGCUUCGGGAAACAGGGGAGUGGCUCAUUGACUCCUCUAAAGGAAAAUCUGGUUCUGCUGGGCAGGAGAUUCUGCUUGUAGUAUCUCUAUGGAUUCUACCUGUGUGGAUGUUUUUCCUGUUUGUUGCAUCUGGGGUCAUAAAGCUACCUUCCAGUAUCCGCUUUCUGGAUGACUUAAUCAUGUAAAGGAGACAUCUUAUCCUGAUAUAAACUGAGAUUUUGUCUCACCCGAGUUUUCAAGGUACAGAGAUACAUUAAUGCUUGUUCUACCAUUAUUACAUAAUUUAGAAUAUGAUAACAAAUGCAGUGGCAGCCAUCUUAGAUUUUUUGAUAGUGGAUUGUUUGGUGCUAGUUCUCCCUACACACAACAACUUUGAGUGUGUUGUUCUGCAAUGACAAGUUUGCCUGGUUCUCACACUUUGGUGGCACUGAAAAUUGAUGGAUGCACUACCUUUAAUUUGUAGGAGGUAUCCAUGUUGGGAUAAAUUUCCUAUGAGAAUCCUCAUAUUUAUAGCAGACUCUACUGUUGAGUAGUGGUAAUUCUAAUUAUUCGAAUCGGCAAAACCCUUCUAUAUUUCUAGUAGUUGAGUCUUCGGGGGACGACUGUUUUGAAGACAUGGAGGAGAAGGAUCACAUUUUUUUUAUUUGACAGAUGAUAUUCUCUUUUCCAUCCAUCAUAUCAUUGUUUACGUUGAUAGAAGCUGCAGCUGCACCCUCCACGCAGAUGAGAUGCCUAUGAAUUACAUAUGUAAUAAAAAUCUCUUUCCUUGACUUUGUUUUUGCAAACAUAAAUGAAUGAAUAUAAUGUAGGCAAAUUAUUUGGGUUACAUCCUAUAAGCAUGGGCGAAAGAUGGAGGAAGUUGAUAGAGAUAGAAUGCAUCAGAUAUGUUGGAUGGGUUAAUGAGAUCUUGAGAUUUAGAGUUUACAGCUAUUUUGAUGAGUUUUCUUAUGACAUUGCUGAGUGGAUUAAUUAUGCUAUUGCUAAGAGGGUUCAGUGUCUAGAACUCUAAC